AUGGCGAACGUUAAACAUCUGUGCCCUGAAUUGCAAAAAAUCGCAUGUGAAGAGCUGAAUGAGAAACCUUUGGAAAUUCAAACGGCUUUACAAAAUUUCAAAAAUUGGAUUCAGGAACAAAUAUAUCUUAAAGUUCGGAACGAUGAUCAAUUUCUGAUACAAUUUCUAAGGGCUAGUAAAUAUGAUCUGCAGGAAGCUGAAAAGAAAUUGGAUUACUUCUAUGCAUUCCGCACCAGAUAUCCGGAAUUUUUUGAGACCGAUGUUGAUAGUCCGAAAUUUCGGAAGGUACACAAUUUGGGAGUGACCGUUGUAUUACCCACACCUCUGGUAGAGGAUGGGUCCCGCAUAGUCUUCUAUCGUUACACCUACAACCCCAUGGAAUGGCGCAUGGUGGACAUGGCUCCCGUCUGUACUGCAAUGCAUGAAGUGAUGAUCAUGCAGGAUCCCUAUGCAUGCAUUUGUGGUAUAACCUAUAUUUUGGAUAUGUCCGAAGUUACGAUGCAACACAUCCUGCAGUACACCCCGGCUAUGGUGAAAAAACUCUGCCUAUUCUAUGAAAAAUGGAUGCCUCUCAAUAUGCGGGCAUUCUAUUUCAUUAAUGUUCCGCAGG